GCCUGACAUUGGAUCAAAUCAUCUCCUCUUUUUUUUUGCUCUUAAUAAUAAUUUUCUCCCCUUCCCCCUUCCCGCCGCCAUUAUCCUCGCCUGGUUUUUUUGUUUGCUUCCUCCUGCUUUUUUCUCCCUCCCAGCUGUUUUCUUACUUACAGUCUGUCUUCCUUUUCGGACUGACGCCGCUCCUAUUCGGUUUUUUUUUAAAACUAUUCUUCUCUGCUUCUUCUUUCUUCAACGCUCGCUAAGCCCGUUGUUGUGUGGCCGCCCGCAAUCCUUCUUUUCUUCUCUUCGACCCGAGAUCCGCGUUGCUGUUCUUUUUGCCAGAACGAACGCUUCCUCCCCCCGCGCUUGUCUUUGCUCACACGCGUGCGCCCCCACGAGAACAAAGCCCACCCAAGAAAAGCCUAUAUUCCACACUUUUUGGUCUUCUUGGAUCCUUUUGACCGCCAAUACAACCUUCAACCUCCUUUUAUUUGCAAGAACACUCGUUAAUUAUAUACUUGUUCUAAUCAAUCUUUGGAAGCUGUCUUUGGCUGUUUGGGUACCCUGUGUACAAACGACAAAUCUUGCACGAUCGAAACGCAACCAAAGGAAAUCCUGGAGUCUUUUUCAGCAAACGCCUUCAAACGAGCCGCCGCGCAAACUUUCAGUUCAAACGUACACGAUAUUGCCUAGCUGUUCAGGCUAAAAGGUUUUAACAGAACCUGCAAGGCACGAAACACAGUUGCAAGUCGGGGAAAAAUAUAUUUUCACUUUCCACGCCAGCUUCAAUUCUUGCGCUUCUCGAUUUUUCCAAGAUGCAGGACAUUCAAGCUCCCGCCGGCCCUGUUGGCCGCUUUCCUGGUCAUGCCUCGAAGCCCUCCAAUAGCGAUACUGGCUUCUCUCACGGCGCUUUCACCUCCAACAUAUCUGGUUUCGCCGAUAGGCAUCCUCGCCGAGGCAAUAUCCCCAAUAUCAACACCCAGUCAAUGAACCAGCAGCCCGCUCCUGUUCAGCAGCUCGAUAUGACGACUCCAAACACGGGCUUGGACAUGAACUUUACGCCGCUUCUGCCAUCCCAGCUGUUGCUCGGAAGCCCCUUUCAGCCUGGCACCCCUGCGGCUUUUGCCAACUCGCAGUUCCAGAGCCUCGGAGGCUACGCUCAGCAACAACAACAACAGCAGCAGCAGCAGCAGGGUCUUGGUCAUCAGAUUCAACAACAGCAAAGCCUCGGCCAGAGUGGCCUGACCAGCCCCGUGCAGGGAAUGUCCCCUCAGGCUUACCAGGGCAUUGUGUCACCUUCCGCUUACGGCGCCCCGCAGUUCUACUCACCGCAGUCACCGUCCGGUGCCUUCAGCAGCAUGAGCAACUCUCUGCAGAUGCAGCCAACCUCGCCCAUCGGCAUGGCAUCCAACGUUGUUAGCGGCACUAGCCGUACCGUCUACCUGGGUAACAUUCCUGCGGACACAAGCGCCGAGGAGAUUCUUGGCCACGUUCGCAGUGGACAGAUCGAGUCGGUAAGGCUUCUUGCCGACAAGAACUGUGCCUUCAUCUCGUUCCUGGAUGCCAGCUCUGCUACCCACUUCCACUCUGAUGCAAUCUUGAAAAAGCUCUGCAUUAAGGGCCAGGAUAUCAAGGUCGGCUGGGGCAAGCCCUCUCAGGUUCCUACCUCGGUUGCACUCGCCGUCCAGCAGUCUGGUGCCUCGCGCAACGUGUACCUGGGCAGCUUGCCCGAGGAGAUUACUGAGGAGGAGCUGCGUGAGGAUCUGGGCAAGUUUGGACCCAUUGACACGAUCAAGAUUGUUCGCGAGAAGAGUAUUGCCUUUGUGCACUUCCUGUCCAUCGCAAAUGCGAUCAAGGCCGUCUCGCAGCUUCCGCAGGAGGCUAAAUGGCAGGCCCCGAGGCGUGUGUACUACGGCAAGGACAGGUGUGCUUACGUAUCCAAGACGCAGCAGCAGAAUGCUGCCCAGUACCUUGGCAUCUCGCCCUCAUACGCUCACAUGCUCACCGGAGCUGACCGGGACCUGAUCUCGAGUGCAUUGGCUCAGCAGUCAGUCGCUGCGGCAGCCGUGGCAACAUCGGCUGGUGGUCUCAACAACUUGGGCAACCGCACCAUCUAUCUCGGCAACAUCCACCCCGAGACAACCAUUGAGGAGAUUUGCAAUGUUGUGAGGGGUGGCCUUCUGCACCACAUCCGAUACAUCCCUGACAAGCACAUCUGCUUCGUCACUUUCAUCGACCCCACCGCUGCUGCUUCCUUCUACGCUCUGAGCAACCUGCAGGGUCUGAUGAUCCACAACCGUAGGCUGAAGAUUGGCUGGGGCAAGCACUCGGGCGCCCUCCCUCCCGCCAUCGCUUUGGCUGUCAGCGGCGGUGCCUCCCGUAACGUCUACAUUGGCAACCUCGACGAGACGUGGACCGAGGAGAGGCUCAGGCAGGACUUCUCCGAAUACGGUGAGAUUGAGCUCGUGAACACACUCCGGGAGAAGAGCUGUGCCUUCGUGAACUUCACAAACAUUGCCAACGCCAUCAAGGCUAUUGAGGCUGUUCGCAGCAAGGACGAGUACAGGAAGUUCAAGGUGAACUUUGGCAAGGAUCGUUGCGGCAAUGCACCACGCCAGAUGCAGCAGGGUCAACAGGCGCAGUCGCCUCGCUCUGAGGGUAUACCUUCUCCCCCACCCAACGCUACCAGCCACAGCGGCAACUCUCCGACGACUUCCAACCCUCCCGCCUCGGCCCCGCCGGCCCUCUUCAACGCCAACAACAACCCCUUGACCAUGUACCUGAGCCACGUGUCGCAACAGGUCAACCAGCAGCACAGCCAGCAGCAGCAGGCUCUUAUGAACCAGCAGGCCGCUCUGUUUGGCACUGCCGCAUCAUCCCCCAAUGACCUCGGCCUCGAGGUACCUCAGGGUCCCCAGUCUGCUGGCCAUCAGCCGUCUUCAAGCAUCUCCAACGGCUUUAUUGGUAACGGCCCUGCUUCCGCGUCUGGCGCUCCAACGAUUGGUGGACUGCUUGCUCCUGGCCGCAGCCAGCACAACCGGGCUGUCAGCCUGCCUGCUCUGGCCCCCGGUUAUGAGAACGGUGGAACCAGCCCGAACAGCCUCCAGGGCAACAACGGCGCAGCUCUCGAGGGUGAGCGCAGGGGCCACCAGUACCAGGCUAGCUACAACGGCGGCUUUGGCCUAGCUAUCCAGGGCGGCCUCAACGGCUGGGUUGAGGAGGAGGUCGCCAACUAGAAGUUGGAUUAAAUCGAAAGGGGCUGUCCGAAGGGCGGCUUCAUGAUGUUGCAUGAGAUCAUUGUCAUUCACGGUGGCGGAGGCUGAGUGGUGUUGGAUAUGACUAUACUGGACGUUUGGAUUCGAUGCGCGCGAUCCUGCUCUUUUUUUAUCUCUUCUCUUCAGACUUUUUUUUUGCGUAUACCUCGUAAUAUUUCAGUUUUAUUCUUGUAUGAUUUUUUGUAUUCUUUUCUAUCAUCGACCCACGGCAUCCCGAAGUCAUUACUCUUUGUCACGGGAAAGCAGCCCGUCGGUCGUUUUCUUACCGACGAGCACAAGAAGGAAGAAUGGGAAGAGAGAAAUGCAGAGAAGAAAUGUCACCUGAAAAAAUGGGUUGAAACCCAAAGUACAUUAAUGUGGUGGAAGUGCACAAAUUUCAGCGUUGAGGCUAUUCCAAUAGUCUCAUGGCGAAAAAGGGAAAAAGAAAACAAGAAAGAUUAAUUCUUCUCAGUCAUGAAGCUUGUAUCACAUCAAGAUACAAAACAUGAUAUGCAGUGACUGAGUCGUGUUUGUCUAUAUUACAUCGUUUAUGUCUAUCAUGAGUCACAUAUUCGUGCAUCCGCGGAUGAGGCUUGUUUGAUGC